AUGCCCAUCACCCAGGACAAUGCCAUGCUGCACCUGCCCCUCCUCUACCAGUGGCUGCAGAACAGCCUGCGGGAGGGCGGGGAUGGCCCCGAGCAGCGGCUCUGCCAGGCGGCCAUCCAGAAGCUGCAGGAGUACAUCCAGCUGAACUUUGCCGUGGAUGAGAGCGCCAUCCCACCCGACCGCAGCCCCCCGGGGAUGGAAAUCUGCACUGUGUACCUCACCAAGGAGCUGGGGGACGCAGAGACUGUGGGCCUCAGUUUUGGGAACAUCCCUGUUUUCGGGGACUACGGAGAAAAGCGCAGAGGGGGCAAGAAGAGGAAGACCCACCAGGGCCCUGUACUGGACGUUGGCUGCAUCUGGGUGACAGAGCUGAGGAAGAACAGCCCGGCCGGGAAGAGCGGGAAGGUCCGACUGCGAGAUGAGAUCCUCUCCCUGAACGGGCAGCUGAUGGUCGGAGUUGAUGUCAGUGGGGCCAGUUACCUGGCUGAACAGUGCUGGAAUGGCGGCUUCAUCUACCUGAUCAUGCUGCGCCGGUUCAAACACAAAGUCCACUCUCCUUACAAUGGCAGCAGUAGCAACAGCUCUGAACCAGGAGAGACACCGACCUUGGAGCUGGGUGACCAAGCUGUGAAAAAGGGAAAACGAGCAAGAAAGUUUGGAGUCAUUUCCAGGCCUUCUCCCCAGAAGGCCACUGAAGAACCCAAGAGCGGUCCUGGCUGUGAGUUGGACAAUGACCCCAUCUCUGAGUCGGACAACGGCCCAGACCCUGAACUUGGAAAUGGUCAUGCUUUUGAGCUAGAAAAUGGCCCAGAAUCUCUCAAGGAGCUGGCUGGAUCCCAUCUAGACAGUUCAGAAGCAGACAGAGGGACGGAGCAUAGCAUUCCAAAGACAGAUGCUUCUCUACCCACAAGCAAUGACAAACGCCGCUUCUCAAAAUCUGGGAAGACAGACUUCCAAUCGAGUGACUGCCUGGCACGGGAGGAAGUUGGCCGGAUAUGGAAGAUGGAGCUGCUUAAAGAAUCGGAUGGGCUGGGAAUUCAGGUUAGUGGAGGCCGAGGAUCAAAGCGCUCACCUCACGCUAUCGUUGUCACUCAAGUGAAGGAAGGAGGUGCCGCUCACAGGGACGGCAGACUGUCCUUAGGAGAUGAGCUGCUGGUAAUCAAUGGUCACUUACUGGUGGGGCUCUCCCAUGAGGAAGCGGUGGCCAUUCUCCGCUCCGCCACUGGAAUGGUUCAGCUGGUGGUAGCCAGCAAGGAGAACUCUGCUGAGGACCUCCUGAGGUUAACGUCUAAGAGUUUGCCUGAUCUGACCAGCUCAGUAGAGGACGUGUCCUCUUGGACCGACAACGAAGACCAGGAGCCAAACGGGGAAGAAGACGAAGGACCCGGCUCAUCUUCUGUCCAGGGAGCAAUGCCCGGGACAGAUGAGUCCCAAGAUUCGGGCGGCCCCGAGGAAUCCAAGGGAAACCUGGAAAGUCCCAAGCAGGGCAGCAGUAAAAUGAAGCUCAAAAGUCGACUUUCAGGGGGUGUACACCGUCUGGAGUCUGUUGAAGAAUAUAAUGAGCUGAUGGUGCGAAAUGGGGACCCCAGGAUCAGGAUGUUGGAAGUCUCCCGAGAUGGCCGAAAGCACUCUCUUCCCCAGCUGCUGGACUCUACUGGGACAUCACAGGAAUAUCACAUUGUAAAGAAGUCCACGCGCUCCCUAAGCACCACGCAGGUGGAGUCCCCGUGGAGACUCAUCCGGCCUUCGGUCAUCUCCAUCAUCGGGCUUUACAAAGAAAAGGGCAAGGGCCUUGGCUUUAGCAUUGCUGGAGGUCGAGACUGCAUUCGAGGACAGAUGGGGAUUUUUGUCAAGACCAUUUUCCCAAAUGGCUCAGCUGCAGAGGAUGGAAGACUUAAAGAAGGGGAUGAAAUCCUCGAUGUAAACGGAAUACCAAUCAAGGGCUUGACGUUCCAAGAAGCCAUUCACACCUUUAAGCAAAUCCGGAGUGGAUUGUUUGUCUUAACAGUACGCACAAAGUUAUUGAGCCCAAGCCUCACGCCCUGCUCCACACCCACACAUGUGAGCAGAUCCAGCUCCCCCAGCUUCAACGCCAGCGUAGGCAGCUCAGCGGCAGGCCCCGAGGAAAGCAGCUCUUUGUCCCUGGGUCGGAAGGCCCCCGGGCCCAAGGACAGGAUCGUCAUGGAAGUAACACUGAACAAAGAGCCGAGGGUUGGGUUAGGCAUCGGUGCCUGCUGCCUAGCUCUGGACAACAGCCCUCCGGGGAUCUACAUUCACAGCCUGGCCCCCGGAUCCGUGGCGAAGAUGGAGAGCAACCUGAGCCGCGGUGAUCAAAUCCUGGAAGUGAACUCGGUCAACGUCCGCCACGCUGCUUUAAGCAAGGUCCAUACCAUCCUGAGCAAAUGCCCCCCAGGACCCGUUCGCCUUGUCAUCGGCCGGCACCCUAACCCAAAGAUUUCCGAGCAGGAAAUGGAUGCAGUGAUCGCACGCAGCACUUAUCAGGAGAGCAAGGAGGCCAGCUCCUCUCCUGGCUCAGGUACCCCCUUGAAGAGUCCCUCUCUUGCAAAAAAGGACACCCUGACUUCUGAAGCCGAAGCCUCCCCAUACUUUGCCCACAGUGUCCCAGGCUCCCUGUCAGACUUCGUGGUGGCUGCUUCUGAGGAUGAGGACCCUCCGGGCAGCGGCGGCAGCACCUCCGAGGACGGUGGCCCCCCAGCCAAAACCUCCACUCGCAAGGAGCCAGGAAAACCCCGAGCCAACAGCCUUGUGACACUAGGAAGCCAGCGGUCCUCUGGGCUCUUCCACAAGCAGGUGACGGUUGCCAGACAAGCCAGUCUUCCUGGAAGCCCGCAGCCCCCCCGGAACCCGCUCCUCCGCCAGAGGAGGGUGGGCUGCUAUGACACAGAUGAUGCUAGCGAUGAGGAAGAGUUUGACGGCGAAGGGGACUGCAUUUCUCUCCCGGGGACCCUUCCUGGUCCCAGCAGGCCUCUGACAGAGGACGACUCAAGGCACAUCCUGAUGACCUCUUCCAAGGUCAUGGGUAUCAACAGCCGGGGGGAACAGCCCCAGAAAACCGUGGUCAGCAAGGCCUCCUCGGUGCCUCUCCUCGGCCGUUCACUGGACUUAGAGGAGAGUGUCCCAGAGGGCGUGGGGGACACUCCUUCCCGAGCAGCCAACCUGCUGGCCUCUGCAGGAGCCUCCAGGGGUGGCCCUGGCUGCUCAGGGAGGAAGGAGCUCUCUGGAUCGAAGAGUUCCCCCAAAUUGGAAUACAAAGCUGACACAGGCACCCAGAGUCUGGGGAACACAGAUCCCCCCAGAUCCGCCCAGCAGAAGAAUGACAGCCUGGGGUCCAGGCACAAACCAGUGGCCAGAGUCAGCCCACAUCACAAAAGGCCUGAGGCUGACGCCAGGCCCAGCACCUCGGAGACAGUGCACCUGACCGCUGGAGCGGACAUCCCCUGUGUCCGGGCCACUGCCAGCAAAGAGACCAGGACUGGUUUUCAUCCAGGGGAAACUGCGGAAAAGGAAUCUCUGGGGAAGCUGACCGUCGGCGAUGGGCAUGUCCCUGCCAACGGGGAGCCUGCCGCUGCCCCGCCCCACCCAGAUGCCAGCCACUGCCCAAAGAACCUGCUCGAAGCUGCACCAGAGCAGGGUCAACAACCCAAGACAGGGCUGGAUGGCCCCCCAGACCUCGUCCCUACCCCAGGGCAGAAGGGGACAGCUCAUCCUGACCCCAGCGAGACCUCCAUGGACAUAGGGCAAGCCAGGCGGCCUGAGGACCCCAGAGAGCUAGUGGCACCCAGGGUUCCUGAGUGUGAGGACAGAUGUCAAGUGGGACUCAGCCCAGAGUGCAGCUCAUCCCCCAGGAAGACGGCAGCGGCUCGGCAUGACUUCAGCAACACUCCAGCAGCCCCAGAAGCCAGCUCGCCCAGGAAGGCAGCUGCCCACGGGGGAGGACCUGAGGCAGAGCGAGCAUCUCCAGCUGGUACCGCCCUGUCUCGAGACCUCACAUCCCAGGAGGAGAAACCGAGAGUUCCCGGUAACCACAGCAAGGCUCCACAGACAACAGCAGUCCUCGUACCCGAAAACUCCCGGGGCUCUGCUCUGCUCAAGGGAACAGACUCUGGGUCUGAGAGGGCCCCACAGGCCAGCCCCACCCUGCCGUCACCUGCUGACAAGGCUGACGGGGUGUGUGGCAGUGUCUCGGGCCACUGCUGCGCCAGGGAACGCGGGGGCAGUCCGGUGACCGACAUCGACAAACUCAUCCAGGAGCUGGAUGCGUCAGAACCAAGACUCCGGUCUCCUCACAGAGGGGACCAGCUGACUCAAGAGGGACAUUCUCAGGGCCAGCCUCCAGCAGGAGCUGGAAGCGGAGGUUCCCGCCCUGCCGAGCCAGUCCUGGGGAGCCAGACCCCCACCCCGAGGAGGACCUGGGCAGCUGCUGGCCAGCCCCCUCACCCACACUGGGCCUCCCAGCCUUCCGUUUUGGAUUCCAUUAAUCCUGACAAACAUUUUACUGUGAACAAAAACUUCCUGAGCAACUACUCUAGAAAUUUCAGCAGUUUUCACGAAGACAGCAUGUCCCUGUCAGGCCUCGGCGACAGCACAGAGCCAUCCCUCUCAUCCAUGUAUGGUGAUGCAGAGGACUCGUCUUCUGACCCGGAAUCACUCAGCGAAGCCCCACGAGCUUCCAGCGGGGGCAACUGGUCGCCUCCUCGUUCUCGCCGGUCUUCUCACAAGGAAAACACUACGGAGUCUGAGGAGGAGCAAAUCGAGAUUUGUUCUCCAGAUGGUUCCCCCAACCCCCCCUCAGCUACUGCCCCCGCCCCCGCCCAGCCCGCACCCUGCCCGGUGCCGGCCAGAGUGCUGCCGCUGAAGCACAGCGCGCUCAGUCAGGUGGUGGGAAACCCGCGCGAGAGAGCGUCCUUUGUCCCUAGCACCUCCUGCCCUUCGAUUCCAGACUCUUCGCAGCCGUUUUCUCUCUUGGAUACAAGCUCUCGGGAGCAUGAGCUUCAUGCAGACCCAAGGCCGUCAGAGAACCCCAGGCUCUCAUGUGAAGAAGAAACCCUGCAAGCACCCCGGGCGGGCUCCGCUGUGGAGAGCGGCCGGCCCCCUAAGGCCGCCGGGCAUUUCCACAGCCUUCCGGUCACUCUCCGCAGUCUGAACGUGGCAAACGGUCUAGAACAUGACCUGCUCGGUGACAAAACCCCCAAUAAAAAGCAAGACACAAAUGUCAAUGCCACUGAAAAUCCGUCCCCCUUCAGCGCGGACGUCCCUAAGAAUGAACAAUCCGUUUUGACGAGUCUGCACAUCUCCGAAAGUCAGGGCGUGGAUGACCCGCUCCAGAAACCAAAAAUGAUCUCCCGGAGGCCCAUCAUGGCCUGGUUUAAAGAAAUAAACAAAAAUAACCACAGCUCGGCCGCGCAGGGCAAAACGGAAAAGGAGCAGCCCGCGGUGCCCGCCAGGAGUCCUGACUCCAAAAGUCAGGGGUCGAGUUCCAGCCACAAAAAGGGGGUUGCUGGGCUUCAGAGCCCCCCACAGCUGAAAGUGAGCCUGGAAAAUAAAGACCCACCUAAAAAAGGUUCCGUGGAAACACUGUUAAAUAAUGGUCAGAAACCCAAGUCCGGCCCUAAGCUGAAGAGACUGAGCAUCAAAAGCAAGAGCAAGGUCACUUCCGAGGCCCCUGCGGCUCCUGCGGCCAAGGCCGGUGGGAUGGACCCCAGGAAACCCCUCAUUUCGCCCCAGACCUCCCACAGAGCGCUUCCCAAGGGAGCAGCCCCCCGGUUCCACACCGCCGAGCCCGAGGAGCCGGAGAAGAGCGCCACAGCAGCCCCCAGGCCUCCCCAGUGUGUGCUGGAGAGCAGGCCGCCUGCUGCCUCGGGGUCGCCGAAGCCCCCCGCGUCCGAGACGAGCAUCCCAGCCUCCGUUUUGCCCCACACCUCCCCCAGGACCCUUCCUGAGCAAGGCGCAUGCCGUAGAUCGCAGGCGGCUUUCCACCCGGAGCCUGAAGGCCCUUACGCAGCCGCCCCCGGGUCUCCGCGGUGCAGCCCAGAGAGCAGGGCGCCCCCUGCAGCUUCGGGGAGCAGCGCGUCCCCAGCCGCCCGCGGGCAGGACGUUCCACCUCCAGGGCCAAGCGCGAGGCGCGGGUCCAGCCAGACGGAUCCGGCACUGCAGGCAGCCCAACCAGAGGUGACUUGCGACAGAGGAAGCAAAAUAGUUGCUGGCGAUCCCCUAGAGAGAACCAACCAGCUGAAAAUAGUGGAAAUCUCUUGUGAGAGAAUGCGAAAGAAUGGCUGCAGUGACAAGCCCGCUGAGGGUGACAGACUAGGAGGGUUCUGGGCCCAGAGCAACUGUCAGGACAAGAGUGAAAUCAGACCCUGUCACCAGUACCCGGAGCCGUCCCCACAUCAGCCAUCAUCACUCCCAUCUCGUGCCUCCCAGGUGGAGCCGGAAAGCCAGCGACCUUUCGGCGUGGCAAAACUGGCCUCUUCCUCCUCCUCCCCACAACUCCCUGCGAAAAAGGCCAAUUCCUCCCAGGCGAAGGCAAGCCAGGCUUCAGGCUCCCUAGGGAUGCCCAGGAAUGGUGCAGCAGGGGGCGCAGCGCUAGAUGACCAUCCAUACUUCACACCAAGGCCGGCGACCAGGACCUACUCCAUGCCCGCCCAGUUUUCAAGCCACUUUGGCCGGGAGGGGCAUGGCCUGCCCAGCCCAGGUCGCUCGCAUCGGGACAGCCAGAUCCUUGCAACAAGUGGGGGCCUCCCUGAGGCCAAGGCAACCAGAGGCAGUGUCCUUGGCCUGGCUAAUGGACAGGGCGUAUAUAGCGUAAAGCCCCUUCUGGAGACAUCGAGGAACCUUCCGACCACAGAUGAAGGGGAUGUCCUUUCAGUGCAAGAAAGGAGCUGUCUAGUCACAGACAAAAUCAAAGUCACCAGAAGACAUUACUACCCUGAGCAGAACUAUGAAUCUACCUCAUUUUUCUCUGUGAAGCAGAGGAUCAAGUCUUUUGAGAACCUGGCCAAUUCGGACCGGCUGGUGGCCAAGUCUGGGGCGUCCCCCUUUUUGUCAGUAAGCUCCAAGCCUCCCAUCGGGAGACGGUCAUCUGGCAGCAUUGUUUCGGGGGGCCUCAGCCACCCUGUUGACGUGACAGCAAGGUCACUGAGACGCAGCCUGAGUUCCUGCAGUGAAAGCCAAAGCGAAGCCAGCACCCUCAUGCCCCAAAUGAGCAAGUCCCCGUCCAGCACGACGCUGACAGUCUCCCGGCAGAACCCAGCAGAGGCUGGGAACAAGGGCCCCGACCCGGACCCAAAGAAAUCUUCUGGAAUUCCCACCCCCACUGUGACUCCAGCCUCUCCCAGCAAGAGGAACAAGUCCUCCGUGCGCCACACCCAGCCGUCGCCCCUGUCCCGCUCCAAGCUCCAGGAGCUGCGUGCCCUGAGCAUGCCAGACCUGGACAAGCUCUGCAGCGAGGAUUUCCCGGCAAGGCCCACUGCCGGGCUCUUCAAAACCGAGCUGGAAAUCGUCCCCAGGAGGUCACUUGGCUCUCCCGCUGGAGGCCUCAGUGGAUCCACCGCCCUUUCAUGCCCCAUGAAGCCAGGGGAUGGGGCCUGUCCAGGAAGAAGCAGCCCUAAAGCCAGUGAGCCUGGGGGACCCAGUGCAGCCCAUCAUGUGGGUGAAACCACCCGGGAUCUGCCUUCUGGAAAAGGCUGGUCAGUCAAUUUGGAUCAGCUUCUCAUCUCAGCGGGGGACCAGCAAAGAGUGCAGUCCGUUCUGUCAUCAGUGGGGUCCCCAUCGACCGUCCUCACUCUCAUUCAGGAAGCGAAAGCACAAUCAGAGAAUAAAGAAGAUGUUUGCUUCAUAGUCUUGAAUAAAAAAGAAGGCUCAGGUCUGGGAUUCACUGUGGCAGGAGGGACAGACGUGGAGCCAAAAUCAAUUGUGGUGCACAGGGUGUGUUCUCAGGGGGCUGCUUCUCAGGAAGGGACUGUGAACCGAGGGGAUUUCCUUCUGUCCGUCAAUGGCGCCUCACUGGCUGGCUUAGCCCAUGGGGAUGUCCUCAAGAUUCUGCACCAAGCACAGCUGCACAGAGAUGUCCUCGUGGUCAUCAAGAAAGGGAACAGUCAGCCCAGACCCUCCAGUAGGCAGGAAGCCAACGGGAAGGGCUCGCUCUCCAGAAAGACGAGCACCCUAGAGCCCGGUUUAGGGAGAAGCCUUCCUUCACACGAUGCACUGUGUGUCGAAGUGCUGAAGACCUCCGCUGGGCUGGGAUUGAGUCUGGACGGAGGGAAAUCCUCAACGGCGGGAGACGGGCCCCUAUUCAUUAAGAGAGUAUACAAAGGUGGAGCAGCCGAACAAGCGGGAACAAUCGAAGCCGGAGAUGAAAUUCUUGCCAUUAACGGGAAACCCCUGGUAGGGCUCAUGCACUUUGAUGCCUGGACUAUUAUGAAGUCAGUCCCGGAGGGACCCGUGCAGUUGCUGAUUCGGAAGCACAGGAAUUCUUCCUGAAACAGGCACCAGGAG